GGACAGCAGCAGGCGCGGCGGCGGCGGCCGCCAUUGCGAGCGGGGGCCGCGGGACUAUGAAGGAUGGAGGCGGACGAGGUGUCGAUCCGCGAGCAGAACUUCCACAGCCAAGUGCGGGAGUACACGAUCUGUUUUCUCCUAUUUGCUGUUCUCUACAUAGUGUCCUACUUCAUAAUCACAAGAUACAAAAGAAAAGCAGAUGAGCAAGAGGAUGAAGAUGCCAUAGUUAACAGAAUAUCGCUGUUCUUGAGCACCUUCACUCUAGCAGUUUCAGCUGGUGCAGUCCUGCUUCUGCCUUUCUCAAUAAUCAGCAAUGAGAUCCUGCUUUCUUUUCCACAAAACUACUAUAUUCAGUGGUUAAAUGGCUCACUAAUUCAUGGUUUGUGGAAUCUUGCUUCUCUUUUUUCCAAUUUGUGUUUGUUUGUAUUGAUGCCCUUUGCCUUUUUCUUCUUGGAAUCAGAAGGAUUUGCUGGCUUAAAAAAGGGGAUCAGAGCACGCAUUCUAGAGACGCUGGUAAUGCUCAUACUUCUUGCACUGCUUAUCCUUGGAAUCGUAUGGGUGGCUUCAGCUCUCAUAGACAAUGAUGCUGCCAGUAUGGAGUCUUUGUACGACCUCUGGGAAUUCUACCUCCCAUAUUUAUAUUCCUGUAUAUCACUGAUGGGAUGCUUGUUACUUCUCUUAUGCACGCCAGUGGGACUUUCACGGAUGUUUACAGUAAUGGGUCAAUUGCUGGUGAAGCCAACAAUUCUUGAGGACCUAGAUGAGCAGAUGUAUAUCAUCACUUUAGAGGAAGAAGCAAUUCAGAGGAAGCUUAAUGGGAUAUCUUCCACAUUGGAAAACCAGACAGUAGAGUUGGAAUGGGAGCUUGAAAAAGUGAAGUGCAAGAAAACAAAUCUAGAGCGUCGGAAAAAAGCUUCUGCUUGGGAGAGAAAUUUAGUGUAUCCAGCUGUUAUGAUAUUACUACUGAUUGAGACAUCCAUCUCAGUUCUAUUAGUCGCUUUCAACAUUCUUUACCUGUUGGUGGAUGAGACUGCAAUGCCAAAAGGAUCAGGGGGACCUGGAAUAGGAAAUGCAUCCCUAUCCACCUUUGGUUUUGUGGGAGCAGCACUUGAAAUCAUUUUGAUUUUCUAUCUCAUGGUAUCCUCUGUCGUCGGCUUCUACAGCCUUCGUUUUUUUGAAAAUUUCAUUCCCAGGAAGGAUGAUACAACUAUGACAAAGAUAAUUGGAAACUGUGUCUCAAUCUUGGUGCUGAGCUCAGCUUUGCCAGUGAUGUCAAGGACACUGGGAAUUACUCGAUUUGAUCUGCUUGGAGACUUCGGAAGGUUUAACUGGCUGGGAAACUUCUAUAUUGUAUUAUCUUACAACUUGCUCUUUGCUAUCAUGACAACAUUAUGUCUGGUCAGAAAGUUCACUUCUGCUGUGCGAGAAGAGCUCCUGAAGGCAUUAGGAUUAGAUAAACUUCAUCUGUCAAACAAUCCAAGAGACUCAGAGACAAAGCCGUCUGCAAAUGGGCAUCAGAAAACACUGUGAUUGACAAUCACCUGCAAUCAACAGAGCUGAAAACAUCAACCUCAUGGCAUUCCCGACAUCUCAUCAGCUUUUUUAUAUUGUUCUCUUGCUGAUAAUCUGGGUCCAGCCUUGUCUCAUUUCUUGAUGCUGUGUGCUUCUGAGGAACUUAGCUGUAUCAGAUUCUUCUCUUUCCAGUUAACUUCUGGUCUGCUUGUUUAUUUCCCAGUAAGUUAAUGCAGGAGGUGCCUUGAAGACUGGAAGCUGAAGAGAAUAAUUAAUUUCUUUUUAUUGACAGUCUCAUAUUCUUAGAUACAAGCCUGCUAGCCUCUGAAAGCAUAGUAUCUCCUGUGUAAUGCAGACACAGGUUGUAAAGAAUAACUUUGGGACUUUAAAAAAAAAAAAAAAAAGAAAAAAAAGAUACACUUGAAGCCCGGUAUGACCCUUAUUGGAAAUGUAAGCUACUUGGAAUGGGCAUCCUUGACAGUAGAUAAGCAGUUCCACUAAAAAUGUUUUAAAAAAGAAAGUUACUGAUAAAGACCACAGAUGAUGUCGGACUCGGUCUGAUAGCAUGAAGCUUUCUUGGAAGGCCAAUGUUUUCAGUUCUCUGUUCCCAGCUGUGAAUGCCAGUUGCUUUACUGGAAGUCAGGCAAUGUCUAAUGAAAUAGUGAGCCACACAGUGAAGAUUUACUUCAGUGUUAAGUCUGAGCCUAGUGUGCUUUGGAGGAAAAAAAAAAAAAAAAAAAGCUGGGUAGACCCCAUGUCACAACUCUUACAAUUCUGUAAUGAUGUGGUGCUGUGGAGGUCACUCACCCUACCAAGUACAUCCCUGUAAAAUUCUGUAUGAACUCCUGUGUAUAAGUAGUACUUGUAACUCAUGCAAGUUGCACAAGUCUAGGAGGCUGUGGUUGUAGUUGUUUUUUUUUGUUUGUUUGUUUUUUACAAUCUUCUUUAAUUUGAAGUAAAUUAUGUCUCUGGAUUUAUACUGUAGUUACGAGGAUUUCUGUUCAGUGGCAUAAUCCACUAUCUUUCACUAGCCUGUUUUUUAAUGUACACACAAACGUGUAUAUAGGACUACAUGUGUAGAUACCAUAAAUUAAAUCUAAGCUUAUAGAGAUGGCAUAGUUGGUUUGAUAAGUAAAGCUUGUGUGUUCAAGCUUGGUAGUACAAAUUUCUGUGAUGUUACGAUUUAACUGCCCAGAGGCCUUACAUUCAGAAUGGCAUCAGUGAGUGUAAUGUAAUUUUUCUUAGCAUCACUUCUGCCUUAGGAAUUCUUUUAGCAGUCUAUGGUAAUAAUAAAAAAAUUAUAAAAAUGGCAAAACCAGCACCCACCAACAGAACCCCAGCUGUUCAAACUCUAGUUGCAUUUUUGUGCUGCUCUGUUACAGGUAGUGUUCAAAUAGAUUGGAAUGAGGACAACUUCAGUAUGUGCUCCGUAUGUAGUGGAUCAGUUAAUAUUCCUGAUUAUUCUGGUUGCUGUUAAACUGAAGGAUGUCUGUUUGUGGCUUUAGGUCAUGAGUGUGAUGAGGCUGUGACAGUUAACUCUCCAGCAGGGUUCUGAGAUAAACUCUGUGUCAGAAGCUGUUGGCUGGUGUCUACUGAGAUGGCUGCACUGGGCUGUAGACUUACAGGUGUGUGUGAAUGUGAGAGUUGUUUUUUUUCCUUUGUUUUCUGAGACAGUUUCAAAAUUCAUGCUCCAGUGUACCUGAGAAUUUCUUGUUUUUUUGCAGGUUGCCUUUUCUGACUUGAACUGGGGCAUAAUAUGAAUACUGCUGUAGCAAAUAUGCUGGAGUUACUUUUUGUGUGAUUAGUAUAAAUUCAAGGGUUAUUAAACUGACUGUUGAUGUGUUGUACUGAGUCUUGGAGGACUUAAAGUAAAAGUGCUUGAUUUUUUACUAAGAUUUACAAGCAUCUCUUUCUGUUGUUUAAUGCUCUUUCAGUGAGAAAGGUUUUCUGAGUCAGUUCCUCAGCCAAGAACAGGGAGGUAUAAUUAGAAUUUGCUUGAGAAUGUUUACAUUUUAAACACGGGGAGUUUUCUUAUUAGGGCCAUAAUUCAGGUAUUCUCAGAGCUUGCAGCCUUAUGUGUUAUUAUAGCUAAAAGCAUCUGAAAUGUAUCCACUCGUCUACAUAAGUGAUAGUAUGACUAAAGUUGUCCUAGUGUCUUACUGAGGCAGGUGAGCUGUGAGUGAGGCUAGUUAGCUUUGUUAAAGUAUUUCUGUUGCAGCUUUGGCAUUUAUAUAAAUAUGGUCUUUGAGUGAAUGGAUUUGAGGGUGCAUCAACAUAGGUCUUGGUGUUCACACUUCUCUCAGUAGAGACAGAACAUUUCGGAGAUGUUUGUCCCAGCAUCCAAGAAGGCAGGAAGAGAUGGGCUUCUGAGGUGUGUGUGGCUUCUGGAAGCGAGUUGGACAAUUACUUAAGCUGAACAGAGGCAGCUCCUGCUCAUGAGCCUGCGAGGUUCAGGCAAAACUUGAAAACUCUUUCAAAGCGAAUGUUACAGCCGUGCCUGCUCCCAGCCCUUCUGGAUUCUGUAGUCAGAGAGAUGGGUAAAGCCUGUAAGAGAACAUUUUACAUUGGAAUAUGACAGAUACUUAAGGAUUGCUGUGUGGUUUCCAUGGUGGAUAAGAAAUUCAGAACUACCCUGUGCAGUUAGUGACAGUGUUUUGUUUAAAAACCAACUGUUUAUAUUGUAACACUGUCUGCAUUAUGAUAUGUUUGGCCUUCAAAAUGACAUGCUUAUGCAGAACUCCUUACAGAUCCAAUGGUACUUUCAAAUAUCCUGUGUGUAAGAUACAGGUCACUGUAUACUUUUCACAGAAGCAUAUGGUCACUUAAAUGCACACAACUGGUAAUUCAUUAAUGGAUGUGAUGAUGCAUUCCUAGUAUUUUGACUCAUGUAGAGUCAGGUGGUCUAUACCUUCAAGGUAUAUACAACUGAUCUUAGUAACAUUAACAUCUGCCUCACUUCUUAGGAGGCAAAAAGCACAUAAAUGCUUCCAUCUUCAACUAGAUACCACACAAGACCAAAAAAGUAGAUGUAAAUUCGGUGUUUUAGAUCAGCCAUUUCUUGGCUUUAUUCUGUGUUGGUAGCACAAUAUUAAGUGCAGUGGCAGAGCUGUAAUAUCAUGGGAUUUCUUCUAAGUGUAAAGCACACUGUCAAUAUUUAACACCUUAAAAUGAUAAAUAGCAGUAUUGGUUACUAUACAGUGACAGUUUUUGCCUUCGUAGGAAGCUUUGUUUACUGUUUGUAAUGUGAUGUUCAUCUUCGGCCCUGCUCCUCCACUGUCUUUUCCCCUGUUGACUGCUUCAUGGUGUCAUAGAAAUUAAAGGAUUUGACAAGUUGC